AGGACGCUAAACGACCCUAUCGUUUUUAAUAAACAGAAAAAACCACCUGGCCACCUCUCCCUGUUUUCUAUCAAUUCAAGAAAACCACCCUUUUCAAAACCUUCAUUGUCUGCUUCCCCCUUUCCUUGCUGACCUCAACAACGACAACAAGAACGACAACAAUAACAAAGUGACAAGAAUUCUGAAAUGGUGAUGUUGGCUGGAUUUCAUAAUGACCCUGAAUUUGCCAAUGUGGAUUCAAGUGAAAACGAGUCUGUUCCUUAUAAAGGAACGAUUUUGAGAACGAAACCUGGUUAUGUUUCUUCAACAAUGGGGGAGCCUUGCGUUUCAUGUACCACCUUCAACAUCCUGGCUCCUAUCUACAAGCGAUUGGAUCAGCAGAAUCAGAGCGUACGAGAAAGUGAUUUUAGAGCAUUUUGGUUAGCUAGAAAUGAGAGAAUUGUUGAUUGGUUGCUUUAUGAAAGGUCUUCCAUUAUCUGUCUCCAGGAAUUUUGGGUUGGAAAUGAAGAAUUGGUGCAUAUGUAUGAAGAAAGGCUUGGUGCUGCAGGUUAUGAUACCUUCAAGCUUGCAAGAACUAACAACCGAGGAGAUGGUUUGCUGACAGCUAUCCACAAGGAGUAUUUCAGGGUUUUGAAUCAUAGAGAGUUGCUCUUCAAUGACUUUGGAGACCGUGUUGCUCAAUUGUUACAUGUUCAAGCAGUUGUCCCUUUGUCACAAAAUCGGAAUGACAUUGUUGAACAAGAAAUUCUUAUUGUGAACACCCACCUGCUAUUUCCUCAUGAUUCCAGUUUAUCUAUUGUAAGACUGCACCAGGUUUACAAAAUACUACAAUAUCUAGAAACAUAUCAGAGAGAAAACAAACUCAACCAGAUGCCUGUCAUACUCUGCGGUGACUGGAAUGGAAGCAAGCGUGGGCAUGUUUACAAGUUCCUUAGGUCCCAGGGAUUUGUAUCAUCAUAUGAUAUUGCUCAUCAAUAUACAGAUGGCGAUGCAGAUGCUCACAAGUGGGUUAGCCAUCUAAAUCAUAGGGGAAACAUCUGUGGUGUCGAUUUCAUAUGGCUUCGUAAUCCUAAUAAGUCACAAAAACCAUUGAAGAUAAGUUGGGCUGAAGCAGCUUUUGGUAUAAUAAAGUAUCAACUUCAAAAGGUGUCAUUGGCUGAAAAUGAUGCCUUUGCCUUUCUAAGGGCUGACAACAAUGGCAACUAUAUAACUUAUUCAGCUUUUUGUGAAGCACUUAGACAGGUAAAUUUAACAGGUCGUUCUCAUGGACUAAGUUUCCAGGAGACAAAAGAUCUCUGGGUCCAAGCAGACAUUGAUGGAAAUGGUGUUCUAGACCCUGAAGAAUUUAAGAGAAUUUGGAACUCUACAUGGUCAGAACAUAUGGAUCAAGGUUGCAGCUUAGAGGACUCAAAUGAAGGCAUUGCAGAAGAAGCUAUAGGUUUUGCAGUCAAGAAUGCGGUUCUCUUCCCCCGUGAAGUCGAGAAGGGGAUAUGGCCCGAAAACUACUCCCUUUCCGAUCAUGCCCGGCUCACCGCCGUGUUCUCACCGGUGAGGUUACGGUGUUCGAAAAAACCGCAUAGAACAUUAGUUGAUAGCAAAAAAGAGAAGACAAAUUUUGUUACACAUUGUAAAAAAAAAUACCUAAAGUUCGGAAAUGCAUGUUUGUAUAGUCCAUUGAAAGUAGCUUCCUCACAUCUGUUUAGCCAUUUAUGGCGGACGAGCCCAAAGAGAAGAAAAUGAAAAUUUCAAUUUUGGUUAGGCAAGCAGAUUUUUCAUAUUAUCUGGCUUUAUUUGAAUCUAUUUAGGUUUCAGUUUUUAAGCAGUAGAGCCUCUUUAAUGGAUUCCAUAUGUGAUUGUCUUGUGACAUUACAUGCAACCACGACUCGUACGGGGCUGGCUUUCUAAGUUGGUUGGGCUCGGUUGGACCUGCAAUAAUAGUAUGUAAUAAAGCACCUGGCGAAGGAUUGGGCCCCUACCAUAAGGCGUGUAAUGGAUGUGAUAAUUUUAAA